AUGGCGGCCGUAGACGAUAUGAAAAAUUCCUCUGCUCCUGGGCUUGACCAAUUCUCCUACAAAAUUAUUAAAGCACUGCCUCACGAAUUCAUCAUUGUACUUGUGAAUUUGUUCAAUGCCCUCUUACAGGAGGGCCGGUUUCCGAAGCAAUGGUCCCAAUCGCUCAUCGUACUGAUACCCAAGCCGCAAGGAGGAGUAAGACCUAUUUCUCUUCUAUCAUGCUUCCUUAAAGUCCUUGAAAAGACUUUAUAUCUGAGACUCAGGUGGGCUAUGGAAAAUAGAUGCUCUCUGCCUGAUUUUCAGGCUGGCUUCAGAGCUAACAGGUCUUGUGUAGACAAUUUGGUCUCUCUUUCUAGCUAUGUGCAUUCCGCCUUCCUCGAGGGAAUUGAUAAACAUGGGCUUUCCCCCAAGUUUUGCCGUUUUAUUUACAACCUCACUAGCGAAAGAGAAAUAUUCUUUGCAGUUGGCGGCGAACUAAAGGGUCCAUACCGUGUACAUAAGGGUACUCCACAGGGUUCCAUCCUUAGCCCCUCACUCUUCAACAUUUAUCUUCGAAAUAUAGGCAAACACUUAGCUGAUAAUACCCAGAUUCUACAAUAUGCUGACGACCUCGCGGUGUUUGUGGCCUCUGAUAAUGAGAGAAACGCUAUUGCUGCCUUACAGGCUUCUAUAGAUCGUAUUUCCCUUUUCCUUAAUGAGAGAGGCUUAGAUCUGUCGUCUGAAAAAUCUCAGCUCAUUGUUUUUUCCAGGAAACGAACAUCAAAAUUUAAUACGAAUAAUACCCUUAACAUUAUUAUUAACGACAAUCCCAUACCCCGGGUCGAUAGCGCACGCUUUUUGGGCGUCUGGUUUGAUAAUAAACUCAGAGGAAAUGUUCACCUAAAACACUUAAUUGUUAAAGGCAGAAAGCUUGCUGAUAUCAUUUCUUCCCUUUCAGGAGUAUGGUGGGGCGCUCACCCUCGUAUACUCCUUCAAAUCUAUAGAGCAAUUUUUCGGAGCUCUAUAGAAUACGGAGGUCAGAUCUUUCAAUUCCAACGCAACUCCAUGAAUUUCCUAAAGCUUAAAAGGCUAAUUUACAGAUGCAUCAGAGUUGCAUACGGCUACAGAAUUUCCACUCCCAUCAACAUUAUGCUCUUCGAAUCUAAAGAACCCCCUCUUGAAAUUAGAGUUUCACACAUCUCCUCUAAAUACCUAUAUAAAGCACUAGCCAACAAGAGUAAUCCUGUCAUCUCCUUUCUAGAAGCCCUGAAGGGUGUAGCGACUUCCCGGCAGGAUAGAAUCAGUAUCCUUAAAAGAUUUCCCAUCUUUGGUGUAUACGUGCACGUUAUCGGGGAUGGCAAUAGAAUUUUCCGCAGUACAGUAAUCCCAAGAUUUCAAUAUAAUUAUCCUGUCUCUUGCUUCAAACCGAAAAUCAACGACUCCCUUACAAAAUUCAAAAAAGACACACCUAACGAACUUAUCAGACAAAGCUUUCGCUGUCUAGUAGAGGAACACUUUAGUCUGCACGUUAAAUUAUACACAGACGGAUCCAAAUCUAAACAAGGUAUUCGCGUGGGGGCCAGUGUCUGGAUCCCCUGCCUGGGCCGUUCCGUCACCCAUAAAUUGCCCACUGAAACGUCUAUUUUCACCGCUGAAGCGUGGGCCCUACUCGAGGCUGUUGGCAUCAUUGAGGAACUCCACUGGAAGAAUGUAGUGAUUUUCACGGAUUCUCUCAGCGUGUUACGCGCUGUUAUGCAACACAGUCACAAAGCUGAUAAUUACGUUGUCUACCUUAAAUAUAAGCUGUUUGUCCUUAAUGAAGCUGGGGUAAACCUGACCCUUUGCUGGACGCCGGCACACAGAGGAAUUCCGGGAAAUGAGGCGGCGGAUGCGGCUGCUAAAGAAGCUGCUCGCUGCGGCUACGCCCCACCAUUUCGGAUACCCUACGCAGACUUCUUUGCUAUGGCUAACAUCGAUAAAUGCAACAAGUUUAAAGCAUACUUAGAAGACGCUGCUCACAGAACUGGUGCCCAGCAUGCUGCCUUGUAUCAGCAAGACUCUCGCAGACAUCCUUGGUUUCAUCGAAAGUCUCUUAGCAGAAAGGAAAUAGUCAUCAUUAACCGUCUUAGAAGUAAUCAUUAUAACUUAAAUUACAGUUUGCACAGAAAAAACAUGACAAAUCUACCAUCUUGUGACUGCGGUGACGGCCGCCAGGAUGCUAAUCAUAUCAUAUUUUACUGUCCUACCACCACCCCGAAAUCUUGCAAACUAAGGAAGUACAUUAAAGACAAGUUCCCUUUUUCUGAAAUAAACAUCUUUCCCAUGCUUAAAUUUCCUACCAGUAGUAUCUGUCGUCUUAUUCUCGCCUACUUCACGUCAUGCAACCUCCUCAUUUAAACCCUCCCGCCUCGCGGGUAUACCCGCUAGUUUGCGUCUCUGACGCGAUUCAAGGGGAGGGCGCUCGACUCCAACUACUCCGAUUUACGACUUACCCUCAAGAACCUAGUUACUCCACUUUUGUAACGGAGCACACAUUUCUACACGCUUGCAGUAAUACCAAAUUAAUCUACAAUCACCACUGAAAGAAAGACAAGAAAUACCUUGGUUACUAUGGUCAAAUCGUCCCCGCCAUGCUGUACAUUGGGGACGGGUACCAAUAACAUUGAGAAGAAGAAGUAAGUCACAUAUUUCCAAAAUAUCUGGGGGGGGGGCUAUUACGGUUUCUGAAACGAGGUGAAAAUUACAAAAAACCGUGAUAGCCCCCCUGAGAAGGUGCAAUUGGUGUUGCAAAAGCGAAUUGGUAUUUAAUCAACGAGAUUCAGAGACGGAAGCACAAGCCCAGGAUGAUCCUUCCCGAGAAAGCAGUCUCCGUACUUCGUCUGGAACCAAGAUUCAUAACUCCAGCGAUUAGAACCUGUUCGGAUGCACUCAAAUGCAAAGUUUGUCGUGCCAUGAGAUAUUUUCCUCCUGAACAAUGCAGUAUGGUCAAUGUUAAAGUGAUCGGGUGUUUACUGUUUGUAUGUGAUGGCGACACACUAUAGUUAUACCGGUGAUUCAAGAACAGAUUGGAAUAUUCCAUCUGCGACUUGCUCUCUUUGGCGAAAGGAUAUUUCUUGAUGCAUUCGACUUUAUUUGAUAAUCUAACGAGUUUGUAUGAAAAUGUCUUAGAAGUAUGGGAGAACAUACAGAGGAAUGCCAUUGAAAUGCAUGAUAAUUUGUUAUUUACAUAUUUUAAUUACUGUUUAACAAGUAGUACACAGAUAAUUUCCACAUUAUUGAAUCUUGCACUUAGCUAGACUGGUUUUUUUUAAGCUCAAGAUAAAAUUAUACUGAGUCCUGCGGAUAGUUGGUUACAUUUGUGGACUCGACGCAAUUAGAAACAUAUCUAAACCACGGUAGGACAAAGGAUAAAAAAUUUGAUCAAGAUCUUAUGAUUCUGCGAUAAAGAAUGCGAUGUUUUCCUCCAAAAAUGCACUCCAUCAACGUUGCCAAACCAGCAACGUUGAUGGAGUGCAUUUCUUAGGGUAUGAUUUCUGGAGUAGAAUAUCUGUCAGAAGGGAAUAGAGUCAAUUAUGAUAAAUAUACUAAUCAUGAUUUAUUCUAACCAUGUUUUAAUCUGAAACUGUACAUAAUAAAAUUCCCAUUAUGCAAAAUACCUUGUACCAUACAAAAAAACCUAUUUGUAAUACAGGUAAAAUUAUAUUGUUACUGCAAAGAGCUAUUGUUACAAUUGUAUAAUCAAUAAAUCUUCCAUUUAAUUAAAAAAA